CGGGGCCGGCGGGGGAUCCGGGGCGGGAUCGAGGGGACACCGGGGACACCGGGGGGAAUCGGGGGAGUUCGGGGGGAUCAGGAGGACCGGGCGGAUUGGGGGGGUCCCGCUGUGCCCGGCACAGCCCAGUCCACCCUCGCGCCCACCUCCGCGCCCCGGGCUGCCCCCGCAGCUGGGGUCCCCCGGCUCCGCUCCCGCACCCUCGGGAUUCCUGCGGCACACCUGGUCCCCUGUGUCCCCCCGCUCUCCCCGGUCCCCCCCGCACCCUCCCCUGUCCCCCUCGUGCCUCCCGCCCAUCCCGGUGUCCCCGCCCAUCCCGGUGUCCCCGCCCCGGUGUCCCCGCCCCCGCCGCGGCGGACAGGACCGUGCGGGCUGCGGGCUGGCACCGGGCCCGCCCCGCCCAGCACCGGCACCGGCACCGGCACCGGCACCGGCUCCGGCUCCGGUUCCGGACCCGGCCCAUGGCGGCUCCGGCAGCGGCCGCCACCGCAGGCAGCCGGUGAGCCCAGGCCGGAGCGGGUGGUGUGGCCGGUGGCACGGCCGGUGGCACAGCGGGACCAUGCAGGCAGAGGCCAGAGGGGAAUUCUGCGGCCGGGACCAGCGCCCUGGUGCUGGUGUGGCAGAACUCGGCAAGGAGCCGCUGGCCCUGGAGCGCCCAGCGGGGACCCCCACCCACGGGCCAGCCCAGGAGACCCCUCGAGUCCCCCCAGAAGAGCAGGGUGGCAUCCCUAUCCCCAGCGCCGGCCUGCUGCAGGUCACUGAACGUCGACAGCCCCUGAGCAGCGUGUCCUCGCUGGAGGUGCACUUCGACCUGCUGGACCUGACGGAGCUGACGGACAUGUCGGACCAGGAGCUAGCCGAGGUCUUCGCCGACUCCGACGAGGAGAACGCGGCCGGAGAGACUCCCGGCGGGCUGCAGCCGCCGCCGGUGCCGCGGGCCGGGUACCUGCGCUCGCCCUCCUGGACCCGCGCGCGGGAGCAGGGCCGCGACAAGAAGCACCUGAGUGACCCCGAGCUGCCGUCGGGACCCCCGGGACCCCCGGACGCCUUCCUGCCCGCCGAGCGCCCGCGGGAGCCGUAGGGACAGGACCUGCUGGAGGACACCGGGACACGCCGGUGCUGCUCCCGUCGGUACCGAUGGAGCCCGUCCCCGGGCGCAGGACUCCCGUUAGCCCGCCCGGAGGGCAGAGGCGGCCCCAGCCCCGCGGGGGGAGGCACUGGGGCCGCCCACAGCCGGUCACCCGCGGCUUCGGGGGGGGGGGAACCCGUUCGGCCCCGCCGGGCCCCGGGGGCGGCACGGCUCCGGUUGCCAGGAGCGGCGGGUGGGGCAGGACGGGACGGGUCGAACGGCCCAGCCCGGCCCGACGGAGCGCGGCCGGUGCCGGUGCCCGCCCGGUUCUGAUGUAGCAGCGCUGUGAUCCGGUAAAACCGACCGACCGACACACCGCCGGCCUCUGCCCGUCUGCGCCAUGGCCGGGGGGCAAACGAGAAGGGUUGGGGUCACGGGACACUCCGGGGAGCAUCGGGGCGGGGGGGGUCGGCUGGUGCCGAGGCAGUGCGGCCGCAGCCCCUCCCGGUGAGCGAGAGACUGGCGGUGACCGCGGCACGUCCCCGAUAACGCCACAGAACGCAACUCCACCCCACCGGGCGGCGCUGGACCGGGGACCGGCCCGGUGCGGGGUCGGUCCCGGUGUUCGCUCCGCCGCGCGGGAGCCUCAGCCCCUCCGCUGCCCCCCGCCGCCGGCCCGAAGCAGAAACACGAAUGCUGGGUUGCGCAAA